UCACUCUGAUGAGGGCUCAGACGUGAUAGCACUGUAGCUCCCCAAUCCUGUAGGAGCUGGCGUGCUACCUACUGCCUCCUCUCCAUUAGCCAGAGCUAUUGGAUUUCCCACCCAGAAUCUUUAGGUAAAUGAGAUCAUGAUUCUGGAAGGAAGUGGUGUAAUGAAUCUCAACCCAGGCAACAACCUCAUUCACCAGCAGCCAGCCUGGACAGACGGCUAUCCCACGUGCAAUGUUUCCAGUGGGUUUUUUGGAGGCCAGUGGCAUGAAAUACACCCCCAGUACUGGACCAAGUACCAGGUAUGGGAGUGGCUCCAACAUCUCCUGGACACCAACCAGCUGGAUGCCAGCUGCAUCCCCUUCCAGGAGUUUGACAUCAAUGGCGAACACCUGUGCAGCAUGAGUCUUCAGGAGUUCACGCGGGCAGCGGGCACAGCUGGACAGCUGCUCUACAGCAACCUUCAACAUCUCAAGUGGAAUGGCCAGUGCAGCAGUGACCUGUUCCAGUCUCCACACAAUGUCAUCGUCAAGGCUGAACAAACCGAUCCUUCCGUCAUGAAUACCUGGAAAGAAGAAAACUAUUUAUACGACACCAACUAUGGUAGCACAGUAGAUUUGUUGGAUAGCAAAUCUUUCUGCCGGGCCCAGAUCUCCAUGGCAACCAGCGGUCACCUUCCUAUGGCAGAGUCACUGGAUAUGAAAAAGGAGCAAGAUCACCCUGCAAAGGCCCACACCAAAAAGCACAACCCAAGAGGUACACAUUUAUGGGAGUUCAUCCGUGACAUUCUCCUGAACCCUGACAAAAAUCCAGGGCUCAUCAAGUGGGAAGACCGCUCUGAGGGCGUCUUCAGGUUCUUGAAGUCAGAGGCAGUGGCUCAACUGUGGGGGAAGAAGAAAAACAACAGUAGCAUGACCUAUGAGAAACUCAGCCGGGCCAUGAGAUAUUACUACAAACGAGAAAUCCUGGAACGUGUGGAUGGACGACGGCUAGUAUAUAAGUUUGGGAAGAAUGCUCGUGGAUGGAGAGAAAAUGAAAAUUGAGUCUGCCUAUCCUUGGAACACAGACCAAAAGCACACACCAAAUGAAUAUACUAAGCAAGGAAGAACUCCUGGACAUAAAUAUUUCAAAGACUGCUUUUCUCUGAUAUUUAUGUACCAUGAGGGGGGAAAAAUCUACUUCUAACAGAAAGAAAGAACACUACAGUUGAUAAAAGAAAUUAUUUUGUUACUGUAUGUCCUGUACGGGGAACACACGUACACAGUUGUCUGUGAGAUAUGACACUGUAUGUGGUCAUGAUUUGUAUUUGCCUCAUGUGAAGUUCAAGAAUAACAGGACUGGUAGCCCUGGACUUCUUACUAAGAGAGAGAAAAAGGAAAUCAGAGGGCAUUAAAAUGUUUUCCUAUGCACAAUGAGUUAGAAAAAAUUGAUGGGUCUUCUGCACAUGGCAUCCAUAAUGACCUUGUCAAGAGAGCUGGGUAUGGUUGCUAUGGUGAGAUCCAGGGUCAAGACAGAUGGGAUCCACAGAAAGGGUGCUGUGAACUUUAAUGUGACUUUUGGAGCCAGUGAGUAGAGAAUGGGAACUUUCAACAUCCAGGGCGGGCUGAAAUAUUUUAAUCAGUGACAAGAAUAAUGGUGUAUGGGGAGUAGGGGACUUAUACUCAUUCAGGAUUGAUUUACUUGUUUCACCUUCCUCUUGGAUGGUUGCUAAAAA